GGGGGAUACUACUGUCAACAGCAAGGAGGGGGAGGAGGAAGAGGACAGGAAGACGAGGAGGAAGAAGGAGAAGAAGAAGAAGAAGGUGGUGUUUCUGGCGGGCGGAACCGGGAUCGCGCCUGCGCUGCAAGCCGCGAGCGCUCUUCUGGAUAAGACGCCGGGAGUGGAGAUGGAGGUCGUGUGGGCGAACCGCCGGAGGGAGGACUGUGUUGGGUGCGGUGGUGAUGACGGUGGCGGCAAGCAGGGCGUGAUAGUGGCGCUGCUGGAGGAUUUCCGGCGGAGAUACGGAGACAGGUUCAGGUAUUCCUGCACCGUGGACGAGGAAGGCUCGUUCAUCGAUGCGGGGACCAUCAUCCGGUCAACGGAAGUCUCCACAUCAGCUGGGGCCGGUUCUAGUCCCUCGUGGCGCUUCUGGUCACGCACGAGCCCGGACAACAGUGUGGGAUCUCCGGCUGCUGCGAUGUCCGUUCACUCCGACGCUUGCACGUAUCACUCGCCCAAGAAGUUGGUCACCUCGGAUGACAGGGAUCCUCCGGCGGGGAGCAACACUGAGCAGUGUCAGUGCGAAGACGGCGAGGGGAACCGUAUUGCUGGCGGCAAGAACCUGCUCAUGGUCUCGGGGCCGGAAGGGUUCAUCGCACACUACGCCGGCGCCAAGGUUUGGGGCGCUGGGAAGGAGCUGCAAGGGCCGGUCAAGGGUGUCAUUUCCCAGCUGAAGAGGACAUACCCGACGCUCGGAGAAGACUGGCUUGUUUUGAAGAUGUAGGACUCGGACACCGGGCUAUGUACUAUACUCGUAAAAGCUCAGCAACAUCGUGUGUGUCCACUUAAGUGUUGGAGUUAGAAAGUAUCAUCUAUACUAGAACUAGAUACCUGAGUAUAAAUCACUUUCAGAGGAGGCAG